CACUGCAUUUAUUGUGCCUUAUCAACCACACUCAAGCCAACCAUGGAAAUGCCACCCAUUCUAGGAUUAAAUUUUAGCCCCACAGGCAGUGAACUUCUCAUAUACCUGAAGCAGAGGAUCCUCGAUUACUUCGAGGAUCCUAAUUACUCGAGGAGCCGUCACUUAAUCCCUGAUAUCGAGCUCCCAGACUGGGAUCCCAAAGAACUUCCACACCAGUACAAUAGGCUAUCGGCAGUGAGGUCCAAUGGAAGGCAGUGGUUCUUUUUCUGUUUUCGGAAAGAGAGGACCGUUGCGAACGUUGGUUACUGGAAGAUCACCAGUUCGGAUAAGAAAGUGAAAUGCGAAGACACCCGUGAAGAGCUAGGUAGGAAGAAGACGCUGACUUUCUACCGAGGGCGUGUUCCAAAUGGGAAAUUGACCAACUGGGGCAUGCACGAAUAUCACCUAAAUCAGUCCUAUCUCGGCUACAACAUCGAUGAGAUGCCCUUUGUUGUCUGCUGUGUGUUCAAAAGAAGUGGCAAUAUAGAUUAUGACAAUGAUGAUAAAUCAACCUUCCACGAAGAGGUCUUGAGCAACAAUGCUGCCACGCCUGAAAGCCCGUCUCCUACUAAUCGAAGUGCUUCAACUGUAUCGGAGGAAGUGUGGCAAUCAUUGCCCGAUAUUCAAGAACUGCCAAGUGACUCCUAUGCAAUUGGAGGUGAUCUGGUAGAAGAGCCGAUUAUAUAUGACUCAUAUGCAGAUGCAGCUGGUCCAUCUCUUGAAGGGCUCUUUGAUGGCAAUAGCUCCAACAAUUACUCUGCGUCGACACUCGAGACUGAUGAUUACAAUCAGCAGUACCAAGGUGGCUGGAACUCGUUCUACUAGUAGCAAGGGCAAGGGGCUGCAAUGGUACGGUUAAGUCUAGUCAGGAUGUCAGUUUGUUCGGCCAUGGAGCUAGCUAAGUUUCCAUGAAUAUGAUUGUUGUCGUGUCUAGUAUUUAUUGUGAGAUGUGUUCCAACUGUUACUCGUAAAAGAAGUGCUUAAGGGUGGCUUUUGUAAUUUGCUUUUUAUUGUUCACUUUGGUUUUUGUUUCAAUGCUAUGCGUGUUCUAUUAUAUGAAACCAAUGACAAUGUAUUUGGUUUAAAAAUUACUAAAGUUGUUGAGCAAUGAUUGCUUAAGAUUUUCACUUGA